AACCCCUUGGUGGCCGUCUACUACACCAACCGAGCCCUCUGCUACCUGAAGAUGCAGCAGCACGACAAGGCGCUGGCGGACUGCAAGCGAGCCCUGGAGCUGGACGGCCAGUCGGUGAAGGCUCACUUCUUCCUGGGCCAGUGCCAGAUGGAGAUGGAGAACUACGACGAGGCCAUCGCCAACCUGCAGAGAGCCUAUAACCUCGCCAAGGAACAGCGGCUGAAUUUCGGGGAUGACAUCCCCAGCGCGCUGCGCAUCGCCAAGAAGAAACGCUGGAACAGCAUCGAGGAGAAGCGGAUCAACCAGGAGAACGAGCUGCACUCCUACCUGACCAAGCUGAUCAUGGCGGAGAAGGAGAGGGAGCUGGCCGAGUGCCGAAAGCUCAGCAAGCAGGAAGAAAACGCGGACGAGAGCCGGAGCCGAGUUCAGCUGGCCAGCAUCGAGGCCAAACACGACAAAUACCUGGCGGACAUGGACGAGCUCUUCUCCCAGGUGGAUGAGAAGAGGAAGAAGCGGGACAUCCCUGACUACCUGUGCGGGAAGAUCAGUUUUGAGCUGAUGAGAGAGCCCUGCAUCACGCCCAGCGGGAUCACCUACGACAGGAAGGACAUCGAGGAACAUCUCCAGCGCGUGGGUCAUUUUGAUCCGGUGACGCGGAGUCCCCUGACCCAGGACCAGCUGAUCCCCAACCUCGCCAUGAAGGAGGUGAUAGACGCUUUCAUCUCGGAGAACGGCUGGGUGGAGGAUUACUGAGGGGCCAGCGCUGGCCCGCCCGCGUCCCCCCAUGGCACCGCGGCGGCACAGACGGCUCUCGCUGGCCUGGCACUAUGCCUUACUCGCUCUCCGGCUGUUCCCCCUCCGCUCCGGGUGCCCAGAGACCCAGCAGCAGCGAGGGCGUGUUGCCAUCUCCCCUUCCCGAGGAACCGCGGCGGCUGGGCGGG